AUGGCAAAGACCAGAGGAGGCCUUUCCGCCUCCCCAUCCUCACCGACACCUAGACCACAUCAAGCCGCCAUGGGAGGCGCCGCUUCGCCAACUGUUCAGGUCCCCGCCAUUCCCCCAUCUGAGGGGGGAACCCCUUCUCAGCGCCGAUACCCCACUAGGAGGCCACCCACUGAACCUGUGCCACCCGCCGACCAAGCUCAGAGACCUGCUUCUCGACCCCCUGCGAAGAGAACCAAGUUCUCGGGUCCUGGAGAGUCCUCCCAGCCACCUCCGGCAGAGCCACCUACAGAGGAACCUCGGAUUCCUGUGGGGAUUACUCCCGAGACCGUUAUCAGGCGUCCCAUGAUAGUCGGACCACUGAUAGAGGCUCAGGGAGCCCCAACUGUACCUGCACCUCCAGAGCUCCCCCGAGAUGAGCAACUACCUCAGGCCCAGCAGGAUGACAUUCUCACAGACACCACACCUCCUGCCCCUGCAGCACACACCUCAGUGCAUAUGCCCGAGGCUAUACAUCCUAUUUCCCCUAUCACUCAGGGUGCUCCACCAGUCAUGCCAGCUACCCCAGCACCUCCUCCUUCAUCUGAGGCCACUGUCACCAUUUCUCUUACGGAAUUCAGAGGCUUAGUGCGUUCAUUGCAGACACUGAGCACUGCUCCGGAUUCUAUUAUCCACCAGAUGGCCACUAUUCGUGCACAUCAGGAUCAGAUCAUUGCUACUCAGACACCUUUUGCGCAUGAAAGGUCUGCACCAUCCGAGCCUCUAGUGCUAGAUGAGGAGAGCUUACCAACUGAGCAGCCCAUACCAGAGGAGGAGAUCAGAGCAGAGCCAUCACAUGACCCCACUCAUAUCUGA